CUGAAAAGCCACCUUUGCAUUGUUCCCGUGUCCGGCUCCCCGUUCGCCGCAACCACCUCCGCCGCGCGCCUCCUCCGCCACCGCGGACUCAGGCAGCUUUCUCGCCAGAGUCCUUGAACUCUUGCUUUCUCUUUAAUCCGCUGCAUCGGAUCACCGGCGUGCCCCAUCAUGUCAGACGCGGCCGUGGACACCAGCUCCGAGAUCACCACCAAAGACUUAAAGGAGAAGAAGGAAGUUGUGGAGGAGGCAGAGAAUGGAAGAGACGCGCCUGCUGAUGGGAACGCUAAUGAGGAAAAUGGGGAGCAGGAGGCCGACAAUGAGGUAGAUGAAGAAGAGGAAGGGGGGGAGGAAGAGGAGGAGCGGGAGGAAGGCGAUGGUGAGGAAGAGGACAGAGACGAAGACGAGGAGGCCGAGGCAGCUACGGGCAAACGGGCAGCUGAAGACGAUGAGGAUGACGAUGUCGACACCAAGAAGCAGAAGACCGAUGAGGAUGACUAGACAGCAAAAAAGGAAAAGUUAAACUUAACAAAAAAAAAAAAAAAAAGGCCACCGUGACCUAUUCACCCUCCACUUCCCGUCUCAGAAUCUAAACGUGGUCACCUUCGAGUAGAGAGUCCCGCCCGCCUGCCCAACGCGGGCAGCGCCACCCGCAGAUGACACACGCUCUCCGCCACCCAGCCAAAACCACAACGUGAAUUUGCAACAGGGGAGGAAAAAAGAACCAAAACUUCCAAGGCCCUGCUUUUUUUCUUAAAAGUACUUUAAAAAGGAAAAUUUGUUUGUAUUUUUUAUUUACAUUUUAUAUUUUUGUACAUAUUGUUAGGGGUCAGCCAUUUUUAAUGAUCUCGGAUGACCAAACCAGCCUUUGGAGCGUUCUCUGUCC